AUCUCUCUCUUUCAUCGCCUUGAUCAUCACAAGUUUUCACGUAACUUUGCCACCAUGUCACGGCUCAUGCAGGCAAUGGCGCUCCUCAAGGCUACCUUUGAGGAGUACGCAGGAAAAGAAGGAAGCAAAGAAACUUUGAGCAAGGCUGAACUCGUUGACUUGCUCCGGAAUGAGCUUCCUGGUCUAGGAGGCGCCUCCAAAGCUGAAGAGACCAAGUUCUUCAGCAUGUUGGAUAACGACAAGGACGGUGUCGUUGAUUUCAAGGAGUAUGUCACUUUUGUAACAGCCCUUACUGUGAUUUGUUCUAAAUAAAUACUUUGGCAACAUU